UUUGUAUUUCUUUUUUUUUUCUUUUCCUUAUUUUAUAUGCGAUAUUUAAUUUAUUUCGUGAUCGACGAAAAUAGAGAAGAUGAAACGUCAACUUAAACACGUUCGAAAUAUUGUAUUAAGCAAGUGGAUAAUAUCAAUUCACUAUGACUAAGAAGAUAAUAUGUUUAUUUGAUGUUGAUGGCACACUUACGGAUGCUAGACAGCCAAUUAAACCAUCCGUGGAGAAAUUUCUAUUGGAGACUGUCAAGAAACAGUUUGAUGUAGCUGUAGUUGGAGGAUCAGAUUUAAACAAGAUUACAGAACAGUUGGGUGGUAAAAGUGUGUUUCAAAAAUAUAAAUAUGUUUUUGCAGAGAAUGGACUCAUUGCUUUUGAAGAUGGUAAACAGUUACCUACAGAAACAAUUCAAAGUGUUGUUGGGGAAGAAGCAUUGCAGGAUUUUAUCAAUUUUUGUUUGAAAUAUAUAUCAGAAUUACAUUUGCCAUUCAAACGUGGAACUUUUAUAGAAUUUAGAAGCGGAAUGAUUAAUGUAUCACCGGUCGGUCGUAAUUGUACUAAAGAUGAGCGUAUUCAGUUUUAUGAAUAUGACCUCGAGCAUCAAAUUCGUCAGAAAUUUAUUCAAGCUCUUAAAAAAGAAUUUCCAGAUCUUGCUUUAACGUACAGUAUUGGAGGUCAAAUAUCUUUUGAUGUUUUCCCUAAUGGUUGGGACAAAACAUAUUGUCUUAGACAUAUUCGGGGAUAUGAUGAAAUACACUUUUUUGGUGACAAAACAACGGAAGGUGGUAAUGAUUAUGAAAUUUAUGAAAGUGAUUUAACUGUUGGACAUCGUGUGACUUGUCCAGAAGAUACAAUUAAUCAACUUAACAUUCUCAUGGCACUUAUUAAAGAAAGAAGAGAACGAGAACAACUGCAGGUUCCUAUGCAAUGUGCGUAAUAUAGUGAGGACUUAACUAAAUAUUUUACUUAGAGAGCACAAAGUACUUCUAUAUGUUACAUUUACUUGUUUUUGUUUUGUUUUGUUAAUAAGCAUUCCAUUUAUAGUAUUACAUUUUCAGUGUCAAAAGAAUUUUUGCAGGAAAUUUAGACACUUAGAUGCAAUACAAAGAAAUUUAGAUUAUUCAAUUUUUUACUUUAGCAAAUCAACUAGUUUAAAUCGUUAAAAUAAUUUCGUGAGAAAUUAAAUUUUGAAUUUCAUUGAUAUUAUGCAAUGAGAUAUACAAUAAAAAUCUAAAUCAGAUCAUGAAAAAUGGAUUUGUCAUAUUUUCUGGAGUAUUUAAAAGUCUACUUCGUAGCGUCUCGAUGCUGUAUUAUCAAAUAUUUCUAUAAAUAGUAUAACAAUAACGACAAAGUUUUCCGAAUGUUAGGAAGUUAUUCGAAUUGAACAUUGAUCGUCAAACGUACGUUAAUCGAUGACGUCGAUAGAAAACGUGUGAAUUAGAAAACAAAGCAAA